AUGAAGUCUACCGGAGGCACGACUCCGCGUCCGCAGCGUAUGCAACUCGCAGAGCGGGUCGCUCUGGAAUCGGAUAUAGCCAAAUUCCGCGAGCACACAGACGACAGUGAUAGCGACAGCCUUCACUACCCAGAGCAUCAACUGGAAGAUAGCGAUGUCGAGAGCCGUCCUGAGGAAGAAAAUGAUUUCGGAAGCAAGGCAAGUCUGACACUGCCAGAGUAUCGUCUUCGUGGCACUUCCCCCCGUCCCUUUCCUCGCCUUUUGCCCAUAUCCCAUAUGCUGUCGAGCGACAGGUGGAAACCAAGUACCGACUCUGCCGUGAUAAAGACCGAAGUGAAGCCCAAGGAGGAGCACGAGGAAAAGCCCAAGGACGAGAAGCCCAAGGACGCGAAGCUCGAGGAGAAGCCCAAGGAGCAGAAGCCGUCCUUCGCGAACCAGAAGCAUAACGUCUCGACCAACCUCGGCGUUUCGCUGGAGUCACGCAUCGCUUCAGUCGAGGCAGGUCUCGAGGAGUUGGGCACCGAAUCCAGCAGCAACAACGGCCUUUUCUUCUUCCACUUUCUGCUGGAGGUACUUCACAUUGCUGGGUCGGCCACUAUCUGCGUGUGGGUGCUUCGUCGCCUUACUGACCUUGAGUCGCGCAUCACCGGAUAA